AUGCAGAAGGGCAUCCGGCUGAACGAUGGCCACGUCGCGUCCCUGGGGCUGCUGGCGCGCAAGGACGGCACGCGCAAGGGCUACCUGAGCAAGCGGAGUUCGGACAACACAAAAUGGCAAACCAAGUGGUUCGCGCUGCUGCAGAACCUGCUCUUCUACUUCGAGAGCGACUCGAGCUCCCGGCCCUCGGGGCUCUACCUGCUGGAGGGCUGCGUCUGCGACCGCGCGCCCUCCCCCAAGCCGGCGCUCUCGGCCAAGGAGCCGCUGGAGAAACAGCACUACUUCACCGUGAACUUCAGCCACGAGAACCAGAAGGCCCUGGAGCUGCGGACAGAGGACUCGAAGGACUGUGACGAGUGGGUGGCGGCCAUCGCGCACGCCAGCUACAGGGCCCUGGCCACGGAGCACGAGGCGCUGAUGCAGAAGCACCUGCACCUGCUGCAGAUCGUGGAGACAGAGAAGACCGUGGCCAGGCAGCUGCGGCGGCAGAUCGAGGACGGGGAGGUCGAGAUCGAGCGGCUGAAGGCAGAGAUUGCAUCCCUGCUCAAGGACAACGAGCGCAUCCAGUCCACCCAGACUGUCACCCCCAACGACGAAGACAGUGACAUCAAGAAAAUUAAGAAGGUGCAGAGCUUCCUGCGGGGCUGGCUGUGCCGGCGGAAGUGGAAAACCAUCAUCCAGGACUACAUCCGGUCGCCGCACGCCGACAGCAUGCGCAAGCGAAACCAGGUGGUGUUCAGCAUGCUGGAGGCCGAGGCCGAGUACGUGCAGCAGCUGCACAUCCUGGUCAACAACUUCCUGCGCCCGCUGCGCAUGGCCGCCAGCUCCAAGAAGCCGCCCAUCACGCACGACGACGUCAGCAGCAUCUUCCUGAACAGUGAAACCAUCAUGUUUCUGCACCAGAUUUUCUACCAAGGCCUGAAGGCCCGAGUCUCCAGCUGGCCCACACUCGUCCUGGCCGACCUGUUCGACAUCCUGCUGCCCAUGCUCAACAUCUACCAAGAGUUCGUCCGCAACCACCAGUACAGCCUGCAGAUCCUGGCCCACUGCAAGCAGAACCGCGACUUCGACAAGCUGCUGAAGCACUACGAGGCCAAGCCCGACUGCGAGGAGAGGACACUGGAGACCUUCCUCACCUACCCCAUGUUCCAGAUCCCCAGGUACAUCCUGACCCUGCACGAGCUCCUGGCCCACACGCCGCACGAGCACGUUGAACGCAACAGCCUGGACUACGCCAAGUCCAAGCUGGAGGAGCUGUCCAGGGUGAUGCACGACGAGGUCAGCGAGACCGAGAACAUCCGCAAGAACCUGGCCAUCGAGCGCAUGAUCACCGAGGGCUGCGAGAUCCUGCUGGACACGAGCCAGACCUUCGUGCGGCAAGGCUCCCUCAUCCAGGUACCCAUGUCUGAAAAGGGCAAGAUCACCAGAGGGCGCCUGGGGUCCCUGUCCCUGAGGAAGGAGGGCGAGCGGCAGUGCUUCCUGUUCUCCAAGCACCUCAUCAUCUGCACCAGGGGCUCUGGGGGGAAGCUGCACCUGACCAAGAAUGGGGUCGUGUCCCUCAUCGACUGCACCCUGCUGGAGGAGCCAGAGAGCGCGGAGGAGGAGGCCAAAGGAGCGGGCCAGGACGGGGACCACCUGGACUUCAAGAUCGGCGUGGAGCCCAAGGACUCACCGCCCUUCACCGUCAUCCUGGUGGCCUCGUCCAGGCAGGAGAAGGCCGCAUGGACCAGUGACAUCAGCCAGUGUGUGGACAACAUCCGGUGCAACGGGCUCAUGAUGAACGCGUUUGAAGAAAACUCCAAGGUCACUGUGCCCCAGAUUAUCAAUCGCCACCGAGAAGGCUUGUGCGGGGCAGACCUGGCUCAGUCCGACGCCUCCCUGUACUGCGAUGACGUGGACAUCCGCUUCAGCAAGACCAUGAACUCCUGCAAGGUGCUGCAGAUUCGCUACGCCAGCGUGGCGCGGCUGCUGGAGCGGCUGACCGACCUGCGCUUCCUGAGCAUCGACUUCCUCAACACCUUCCUGCACUCCUACCGCGUGUUCACCCGCGCCGCCGUCGUGCUGGACAAGCUCAUCACCAUCUACCGGAAGCCCAUCAGCGCCAUCCCCGCCAGGUGGCUCAGGUCGCUGGAGCUGCUGUUUGCCAGCGGCCAGAACAACAAGCUUCUGUACGGCGACCCCCCCAAGUCCCCCCGCGCCACCCGCAAGUUCUCCUCGCCGCCCCCGCUGUCCAUCGCCAAGACGUCCUCGCCCAGCCGCCGGCGCAAGCUGUCGCUGAACAUCCCCAUCAUCACGGGCGGCAAGGCGCUGGAGCUGGCCACGCUGGGCUGCAGCCCCAAUGGCUGCGCCGGCGUGUACUCCGCCAUGGCGCCCUUCGGCAAGGCCACGCUGGACACCAGCAAGCUCUACGUGUCCGGCGGCUUCGCCAGCAAGAUUCCCGACGAGGGCGACGCCGCCCCCGAGAGGCCCGAGGACCCCGCGGCGCCCGGCAAGCAGAGCUCAGAAGUCUCCGUGAGGGAAGAGUCAGACGUUGAUCAAAACCAGAGUGACGACGGAGACGCUGAAACGUCACCCACCAAAUCCCCAACGACACCAAAGUCAGUCAGAAGCAAAAGCUCCUCAGAGUUCCCGCUCUUCUCUUACAACAACGGGGUCGUCAUGACGUCCUGCCGCGAGCUGGACAACAACCGCAGUGCCUUGUCGGCCGCCUCCGCCUUCGCCAUAGCGACCGCGGGCGCCAACGAGGGCGCCCCCAACAAGGAGAAGUUCCGGCGGAUGUCGCUGGCCAGCGCAGGCUUCCCCCCCGACCAGAGGAACGGAGACAAGGAGUUUGUGAUCCGCAGGGCGGCCACCAACCGCGUCCUGAACGUGCUGCGCCACUGGGUCUCCAAGCACGCGCAGGACUUUGAGACCAACGACGAGCUCAAGUGCAAGGUGAUCGGCUUCCUGGAGGAGGUGAUGCACGACCCGGAGCUCCUGACCCAGGAGCGCAAGGCAGCUGCCAACAUCAUCAGGACGCUGACCCAGGAGGACCCAGGCGACAACCAGAUCACGCUGGAGGAGAUCGUGCAGAUGGCCGACGGCGUCAAGGCCGAGCCCUUCGAGAGCCACUCAGCCCUGGAGAUUGCGGAGCAGCUGACCCUGCUGGACCACCUGGUCUUCAAGAAGAUCCCUUACGAGGAAUUCUUCGGACAGGGCUGGAUGAAGCUGGAGAAGAACGAGAGGACCCCGUACAUCAUGAAGACCACCAAGCACUUCAACGACAUCAGCAACCUGAUCGCUUCGGAAAUCGUCCGCAACGAGGACAUCGGCGCGAGGGUGAGCGCCAUCGAGAAGUGGGUGGCGGUGGCUGACAUCUGCCGCUGCCUGCACAACUACAACGCCGUGCUGGAGAUCACCUCGUCCAUGAACCGCAGCGCCAUCUUCCGGCUCAAGAAGACCUGGCUCAAAGUCUCCAAGCAGACCAAAGCUCUGAUUGAUAAGCUCCAAAAGCUUGUGUCAUCAGAGGGCAGAUUUAAGAAUCUCAGAGAAGCUCUGAAAAAUUGCGACCCGCCCUGUGUCCCGUACCUGGGGAUGUACCUCACCGACCUGGCCUUCAUCGAGGAGGGGACGCCCAACUACACGGAGGACGGCCUGGUCAACUUCUCCAAGAUGAGGAUGAUUUCCCACAUCAUCAGGGAGAUCCGCCAGUUCCAGCAAACCGCCUACAAAAUAGAGCACCAAGCCAAGGUGACCCAGUAUUUGCUGGACCAAUCUUCCGUGAUGGACGAAGAAAGCCUCUACGAGUCCUCUCUCCGGAUAGAACCAAAGCUGCCCACCUGAGGCUGGGCCCUGCCCGGCCCGUGGCUCCCGUGGACACGCUGCGUGACACUGUACAUACUCGUUUGGUUUCUCUGGGUUUUCUUCUCAGUAUGUGCUUCUCCAAGAAUACAACUCCGUUCUCGUCCUUAGA